GACGCCAAGUGCGGUCACGGCCGCCACAUGUUGGCACAACAUUGCCCCAGAUUUGGAAGUUCCUCGGAUCUGCUCGGCCUAUGAAUUGCCGGCGGGCCAAUGCAUAUGCCUCUUACACACUGGCAUUUCUCCUCCGUUCUACUGCCAUGUCCAAGCACCGAUUGUCCCCAGUGCCUCUGCCGCCUGCGAAGAGGCUACAUCAUACUCGAAUCUCGUCGCAGGAGCAUCGGCUUAUCACAACAUUUGACAAUGCGCUCUAUGAUGAACUCAUUUUGUUUAUCUUCUCGUUCCUGAACUGCAGAGAUCUAUGUGCCAUGCACAGGACGAACAGAAACUGUUCGAGGCUCGCGAGUGACAACCAGCUCUGGAAAACCCUGUUUAUCAGAGAGUUUGGUAAAACACGGCUGAGGGGAGGCAAGGGGUUUUAUGGUCUGACUGAUGGAAGAUUAGUGAAACCACUUCCCUUGAGAGCUUCUACAUCCAUGUCGUCAGCUGAUGACACUCUGGACUGGAAGUGGAUGCACCGCAUCAGCUCGAACUGGAGGAAUGGACGUUGUUCUGUCGAGCACUUCACUAACGCUGAGGGAACAACUCUAGCGCCGCCGCCAGCCUUUCCUCGCCAGCACGUUAUAUUGGCAGGCGGGUUCACCAUAUCCUCGUCGAAUCCCUGUGGAUCCUCCUUGCUAGUACGGGACAACAGUGGAAUAUCGCGGACUCUGCUUUGCAGGUCUACUCUAGCUACAUCUGUGGCGGAAAUAUCUGCUAUAGCGCUCGAUCAAUCUCCACCUUCCUUAUCUUCCUCGCAUAUCAUACGCCUGGCUGCUUUCCUGACGACCGGAGAAUUCAAUAUAUUCGAACAUGAUCACUCUUCCUUGUCCUCAGCCACCACUCCAAAGCAAACCUACGUUCCUUCGUCCCUGCACCGCGCUUCUCCGGUGACGCAUGCAGCCUAUAAUCACCCGUUGCUCGUCACGUUGUCGCACUCAUUUACACUCAUGAUAUACGACCUGAGCAAUGAUUCUAUCACACACACUCAAACACUCACGUCUUUCACUAGUCAUCCCCCCACAUCACUCGUACUGUCCACCAUACCCUCAACAGCGUCAUACAAACUUGUCAUGGCCUACGCUAUUCCCGUUUACCCUGCCCAUUGGAGUGUGGGUGCUACAGAGCUUAUUAUAUCUCCUUUGGGCAUUUUACCACGUAAACGGACAUUCGCUACGUCCUCCAGCGAGUCAUCACCACAGGGGGCCUUUGAAGUAAGCGUCACCAGGUCUACCCGUGCUUUUGACAUCCCGCAAGGGUGGAUAGACGAGCACAAACUUCAGCUUAUGCGUGACCAAUGGGGCCGUAAAGUGAAACAAGUAGCGGAUAUACAAACGGAUGGGAAAUGGGUCGUUUUAGCCCCUGGAGAUGUGACAGAUAUCUCUCCGGUAUCCCAUGGGUCCUCAGAAGGAACAGUGCCUCAACAGGGACAUCUACAGCCACUCCCAUACAUCUCACCUCCGAGCCACACAUCGAGCCACCUUCAAUUAUACCGCCUUCAUGUACCCCCGAUCUCAAGUUCAUCGGUCCAUACACCGAAAUUGAUGUUUGUCCGGACUCUGCACGGGCCUGUGGGCUCUGUUUCUACGCUUUCUCUUGCGGAUGGGCGUUGUGUCAGCUUGAGUGCAAACGGAGCAAUUUGGGUGUGGGACCUUGAAGGCGGAGAUGGGAUUGAAAUAGCCGGGCCUGCCAAAGGCAGCUUUGCAGGAACAAAUAGUGGAAGUACAUGUGGUACCGUUGCAUUUGACGAGCGAAGAAUCGUCAGUGCUAGUGUACGGGGUAUUGAAGAACGACGGUUUGAUAUCUAAUUGAAUAGUAGAAUUUUGUAUCUUUAUUAUUUUACUAGUGCUCGAGUUGCAACGUUGAAAUUAAAUGCAUGUACCCUUUCCUAGGCUACAGGUCUGGGAAAAUAAAUGACCGUCG